GCGCGAUGCCAUUACUCUCAUAGCGUCUACAGGAUGCCAUGCAUAGAUUGUAUGUUGGCAGGUGGACGCCAUCUUCAAUGCUGUGAAGUGUAAUAAUACGCCGGAGUUGUCCGAUUAUCUUGCGAACGACAAAAGUUUCGGGACUCCGGUUAAUUGGAAUUCCUUGAAGAUUCCAUGACACCAUGAGUUACCAGAUGCAGCAGCCACAGUCUAGACUUAUAUCACACGGCAAUUACCAACAGCCAAGUGAUCUACCCAUAGGUUCAGCAAAAGAACAAACCAUCAUGUGGCAGCAAAACUCUUACCUGGGUGAUUCAGGUAUCCAUUCUGGAGCCACAACCCAGGCUCCAUCAUUGACUGGAAAAGAAGAAGACAUGGAGUCAGACCAACUGAUGUUUGACUUAGAUCAAGGAUUUGCCCAAGGUUUUACCCAGGACCAAGUUGAUGAGAUGAAUCAGCAAUUGAGUCAGACACGUUCUCAGAGAGUUCGUGCUGCAAUGUUCCCCGAAACUCUAGAAGAAGGCAUAGAGAUUCCAUCCACACAGUUUGAUCCAGCUCAGCCAACUGCAGUUCAACGUCUAGCAGAACCAAGCCAGAUGCUCAAACAUGCAGUAGUCAACCUAAUUAAUUACCAGGAUGAUGCUGAUUUGGCAACUAGAGCAAUACCUGAACUUAUAAAACUGUUGAAUGAUGAAGAUCAGGUUGUAGUUUCUCAAGCUGCAAUGAUGGUUCACCAACUGUCAAGAAAGGAAGCAUCAAGGCAUGCUAUCAUGAACAGUCCACAGAUGGUUGCUGCUUUGGUACGAGCAAUUUCAAAUAGCAAUGAUCUGGAGUCGACAAAAGCAGCUGUUGGUACAUUACACAACUUAUCUCACCAUCGUCAGGGUUUGCUUGCCAUUUUCAAAAGUGGUGGCAUUCCAGCUCUUGUAAAACUGCUCAGCUCGCCUGUUGAGUCUGUACUAUUCUAUGCCAUUACUACACUGCAUAAUCUUCUUUUGCACCAAGAAGGUUCGAAAAUGGCAGUUAGAUUGGCUGGAGGUCUGCAAAAAAUGGUUGCACUGUUGCAGCGGAAUAAUGUGAAAUUUCUUGCCAUAGUAACAGACUGUCUCCAAAUAUUGGCAUAUGGGAACCAAGAAAGUAAACUCAUUAUCUUGGCCUCUCAGGGGCCUGUGGAGUUAGUUCGCAUACUCCGUUCUUAUGAUUAUGAGAAGCUGCUAUGGACAACAUCACGUGUUCUGAAAGUAUUGUCAGUCUGCUCCAGUAACAAGCCAGCAAUUGUUGAAGCUGGAGGCAUGCAAGCAUUAGCUAUGCACCUUGGUCAUCCAAGCCAACGCCUUGUCCAGAACUGCCUGUGGACUCUGCGCAAUCUUUCAGAUGCCGGAACUAAAGUUGAUGGUUUGGAAGGUCUUCUGCAGAGUUUAGUGCAGUUGCUGGCAUCAGCAGAUGUGAAUGUUGUGACAUGUGCUGCUGGUAUUCUCUCAAAUCUCACUUGCAACAACCAGCGGAACAAAGUCACAGUAUGUCAGGUUGGCGGAGUAGAUGCCCUCGUAAAUACCAUUCGAAAUGCUGGUGAUCGUGAAGAAAUAACUGAACCUGCGGUAUGUGCACUUCGCCACUUGACAUCUCGUCAUAUUGAAGCAGAAAUGGCACAGAAUGCAGUUCGUGCUAACUAUGGAAUGCAAGUCAUUGUAAAGUUACUGCAGGCACCAUCUCGUUGGCCUCUUGUUAAGGCAGUCAUUGGACUGAUACGAAACUUGGCUCUGUGCCCUGCCAAUCAUGCUCCACUGCGUGAACAUGGUGCAAUUCAUCAUCUUGUGCGACUUCUUAUGAGAGCAUUCCAGGAUACGCAGAGACGUCAGUCUAUAGCCAGCAGUGGCAGCCAGCAGCCAGGAGCUUAUGCUGAUGGUGUUCGCAUGGAAGAAAUUGUUGAAGGAACUGUUGGAGCUUUGCAUAUUUUGGCACGUGAAUCGAACAACAGAGCUAUUAUCCGUGGACAGAUGGUUAUACCAAUCUUUGUUCAGCUUCUGUUUAACGAGAUAGAGAACAUACAGAGAGUUGCUGCAGGAGUCCUCUGCGAACUAGCAGCAGACAAAGAAGGAGCAGAAAUGAUUGAACAAGAAGGUGCCACAGCUCCCCUUACAGAAUUAUUGCAUUCAAGGAAUGAAGGAGUUGCAACCUAUGCCGCAGCUGUUCUAUUCCGAAUGUCUGAAGACAAACCACAAGAUUACAAAAAACGACUGUCAAUGGAGUUAACAAACUCUCUGUUCAGAGAGGAACAAAUUAUGUGGAAUGGAGGUGACAUACCAAUAGGACCAGAUUUGCAGGAUAUGCUUGCACUAGGCCCAGACCAGGGCUAUUCAGCAGUAAUGUAUGGACAGGGACCACCUAGUGUUCACAGCAGUCAUGGAGGUCGUCAGUAUCCGAUGCAAGGCUAUGACACGCUACCAGUAGACUCUAUUCAAGGACUUGACAUAAACUCUCACCCUGCCACUGGUGGUGGUGGCGGCGGUGGUGGAUCCAAUUAUGGACCCAUGGACACCAUGGAUGUACCAGGUGCUGAAUCAACAGACCUCAACUUUGACCACUUGGAGGAAUUACCACAGCCACCACAGGACAAUAACCAAGUGGCUGCUUGGUAUGACACUGACUUGUAAUUUAGAUUUGGUGCGGUGUCUGUCAGGAGUGUUAUUAACGUGUGUAUGUUUUUAUGUUCAUGGUGAAGUGAGUGACAUACUUUGCAUGUUAGAAGGUUAUUGUGUGUGGCAGACUGGCUGUACCACAGUGAAGAUAUCUCAUUCACAUGUUAAUUUUAGGUUUAUCAUUCCUAUUUCAUGACAACUUUGUGAGAAUUCAUAACCAAAAUUUUAUAAACAAUUUUGUUGAGUGUUCCCAUAUAAUUUUGAUUCAUUAUUCCAUUUUGUAUGAAUGAAUUGGAAGCAAAUGUUACUGAGUAAUGUAGAUUUUGGAAUAUUAUGUAAACAGAAUGAUGUGUAAGCCACUGUCAUUAUGGAAAGAUGAUUUUUUUGCUGCAUUAAUAGCCUCAUAAUUGAUACAUUAGGUGUGUAGAUGCAGUUUUAAGUGAGAAUUGUGUGUCUCAUUUAAUAAAUUUGUGAGUUUCACGCACAGUUAUUUAAUUAGAUGUAACUGUUAUUGAGCACUGCAGGGGAUAUCAUUAGUUAUUGUUCAUAUCACUCAGUCAUAAAAUUGUGUGUGAUCAUAGUAGCAAAACAUUUAUGUAUGUGUAGUGAAAUCUGCUAUAAUACUGAGUACUUUUAGCUGUGUAAUUCUGCUUCGUGUAUGUUGAAUGGUCCAUUUGCUUUCCUACUUCAGACGAAAAGUAUCUUGGAUAUUCUUUAAUUACAUGUAGGGACCAUAUAUUUUUCUUCUUACUUUAGCCAGAACAUCAAAUAAAGUUAUUAAAUAUAA